AUAAGUUUCAAAAGUAUGUUUAUUAUAAUUUAACACCAAGUAGAUGAAGUUGUUUAAAUAUAUAUAAGUAGAAGAUAAGAAAAUAACUAUAAUGAAUAUUUCAAUGAAUAUUUCAUCUAGUACCAUCAUUGCCGUAACCACAGUAACAACAAAAGAGCUAAAGGAUGGUUAUGAUUUACCUGUAUAUGGACUAGCUAAUGAUACUUUUUACGACAUCCAUAUACCAGCACUGAUUUGUAUAUGUUUAAGCUUUACAUGCGUUAUAUCCGUUAUAAGCUACUCAUUUUAUCAUCAGCACAUAUCAACAUUCUUUCAGUGGACAAUAUGCGAACGAUUUGCUGUUUAUAUGGCAUUAUGUGAUGGUCUUUUUAAUAUUGCGCAUUUCUCUGACCAUUUGCAUAUAGUUCUUACAAAGGAGCUACCAACACCAAAAUAUCUGUGUGCAUUCUAUGGAUUUUUGUUGGCAGAAUUUGUCACAGCUCAGAAUUUAUUGGUCAGCAUCGUUGCAAUUAAUGUUUUUGUUUUAGUUUAUUUUCGGAAGAAACUUAACUUUGGAUGCAGGGAUUAUCGACUUCUUGGAUUCAUUUUUGGGGCUCCUGCAUUAGGACUAACUGUAGCAGCUGGUUUAGGACAGCUAGGUCCUAAUGGAAGCUUUUGUUUCUUCGAUGGUGUUAACGGACAUGUAGCGAACUUUAUAUUUACAACCAUUUUUCUUUCUGUCAUUACAAUAACCAAUAUAAUACUGUAUGUCAUUAGCUGGUUUCGUAUCUAUAAGGAAGUAAAGGCCAUAAAAAAUCCGCAUAAAUCUUUGGAAGCAUCGCACAGAGCUGCGAAAACCAUGUCUCUAUUCGUUACCGCUUUUCUUGUACAGUGGUGGGCCAUGGCAACGUACGGUAUAUGGCAGUGGGAAACGGAUGUCCCACAAGUUUUGUUCCAUUUCGUAACAACGUUCUCAAAUUUAGGUGGUGUACUCAAUGGAAUAGUAUUUAUCAUUAUUGUACAAAGGAAACAUGACGGAAUGGAUUCUUCAAGUAAAAUACAAGAAUCGACUACCGAUCAAACAGUUAACAUGCACAGAAAUCUAAAGAAUCAAGCCUAAACCUAUCAUUUCUUUCAUCGCUUUUGGGUGCAGUACUUACAUUUUUGUAUUAUUCAAAAUUAUCAGUCAAUAUGUGUUCUUCAAGGAUCACCAGUACUUUACCUUUCAUUUGAUACCUUAAUUACUGAAAUAUAUUCUCCAUAGUUAUAUAUUUACACCGAUUAGUAGGAACUAUUUUGAUUUAAAUAUGUACUACUUUCCAGUAUGUUCUUUUUUGACCGGGCCCGAUUUGGUGGUGUUACAUCUUAUAAAGUUUAUCCAAAUUAUUUUUGCAAAGAAUUCCGCUCAAGUCGGUGCAAGGGGCCGUCAUAAACUUGCAAUGAGUUGAGAGUUAUUUUGCUUCGUGUUGAAAGGCCUCAAUGUGACCGACACAGAAAAUUAAAUAAUCAAACCAAGACUUACCUAAUCUUUCGCUGCUUUAAGUUAUUCCUGCAAAAGAAUGUCUAUUUCUGAAGUAAUUGACAUAACAUUUCUCAGAAUUGUCAACUUCGUUUUAGACUUAGACUUAACACUUUUGUUAUUCGACAGCCACUGAUGAGGCUUGUGUAAACGAAACGCAGAUCUGGCGUACCAAAUUAUAAACCUGGUAUCUUUAAUGAGUUAUUACAUAAUCGAUUUAAGAGAUUUGAACAUCGGACUAUAACUGGUGUAGUAAUUUACCAUAUUGAAAGGUCAGAAUGCGAGUGCUUACCGUUUUCGGCAAAUUAAGAUCUGGAAAGAACCGAAAGCACACUGAUCCGUUUAAACAAAUGCAUUCAACAUGUUCAACGUGAUUCAAAAAAGUUAUGUGUGAAAACAGGGAUGAGUGAUCGAAAAAAAAAACGUGUGUGAUUACAUUCCUGGUAUAUUCCAGCCAUUUUUGUUUCUGAGGCAAACCAACCCAUGCUGUCAGUUAUUGGAUGCAGUCUUGUUAUUGACUGUUCAAUAGGCUUACAUGCAAAACAGAACAAUAAUUUUCAUAAUUACACCAGAUAUUGCCUCUAUGCAAAUGUCAUAUUAGAAUAUAAGCUAUACUUUAAAUGUUUUUUUUUUGUACAAAAAGGUUGUUUGAGUGUAGUAUGUCUGUGAUCAUGUGUAUUUUCUAAUUGUUUUGUAUGGUAUUUGUUUAAGGCAAGGAUUUGUAUUGUCUCACUAUACAAAUCCUUGUUUAAGGUUAACAAAAAUUUUGCAAUGUUUUAUUUUCUCUGCGAUCCUCUUGUAUUCAAAUAAAUUCAUAAGUUAUGACGAAUAAUCAAUAACAAAUAUUAGAGUAAAGGCUACCUAAUUAGUUAAAAUCGGGGUCUUCUGAACAUGGAAUGAAGCUUUUUGUGAUCCGUUAAUUUAAUACUAGUAACUUAAGCCAUCAGAACAAGUAUAGAACUGUGAGCUAUUACUCAUUAAUGAAACCUCCGCUUUAAAUUUCCUGUAAACAGGAAGCUGAAGAAAACUGAAUCCGAAAACAGUAAAACAUGAUCGCAUGAAGCCUGAUAGCAAAUUUCGGGAAGCUCUUAUUUGUGUAGUUCAGUAGAAAAAUGCGACGGAAAUGGCAUACAUGGCUAGUACGUGUAAAAAUGGUUUAAAUUUUCGGUAAACAGGAAAUUGAUAAGCAAUGGAUCUGAAACCUGGUCACACGUAAUAGCAUCCUAAUAUGAAGCCUGAUAACAAAUUUCAGCAAGCUAUUACUUGUAAUUCAUAGAAGAAUGGGACAAAAAUUUCAUACAUGACCAUUAUGUUUAGAAUAUAAAAGUAUUCAGUAAACAGGAAGUUGUUGAGCAAUGAACAUGAAACCGCCUCACACGGUAUAGUAUGAUGACAUAAAGCCUUGUAACACAUUUCUGUAAGUUAUCAUUUGACUGAGAAAAAAGCUACGGAAAUGUAGUAGAACAGGCGUACAGUCAAGGGAAAAAGUUUAUAGUUAUACCUAUUUUUCAUGAUUUUGUCCUUAAUGUUUUAUAACAAUUACACCCCCAGUUUUUGGUGUGGUUCACGUUACUCACUCAGUCUUUAGUUGUCUAUGUAGUGUUUUGUGGUCUUUCAUUUUUUGCCAUUCGAUUGGCAGUUUCUCUUCGACUGAUUUUUUUUUUUUUUUUUAAUGUCCCCUUGGUAACUUCCUCCUGUUUUUUUUUUUUACAUCAGUUUGAUGCCUGGUUCCUGGUGCCUGUUCUAAAAGGAAUUUAUUUUGUUUGGUUUUAACACAAAAUAUAUACCUUUUCAACUGUUUCGGUUGUUAUAUGUCCUUGGCUUUAAAAUAUUCGUCUUUUAGCGUUCCUAAUGAAGGUAAAUCCAGAAAAGAGUUUAGGAGGCAUGAAAUUUAUAAAGUGUUGUUUUAACUUUUUACAACACAAUCUGCAUGUUGUUCUGUGGUCAUUUUUUGUAUUCUUGUCUUUCAUUGUUACGUAUGUGCUUUGUUUUUAUUUCAUUUGUUUUUCUUUGUUGACAUAUUUGUUUGUUUUUAUAGUGAUUGAAAUUAUAACACGUUGACUGCUGUACCCCUAUUUUUGACAUUUUUACCUAUUAUGUCUGUUUGUUUUGUUCACACAUUGCUGUCAAUAUAAUGGAUUUUUUUGCGACUGUCACACAAGUUAGAGGUUAAGCUAGCUUCAAAACCAGGUUUAAUCCGCCAUUUUCUACAUACGGAAAUGACUGUACCAAGUCAGGAAUAUGACAGUUGUUUUCCAUUCGUUUGAUGAGUUUGAGCUUUUGAUUUUGCCAAUUGUUAAGUGACUUUCGGUUUUGAAUUUUCUUGGAGUCCGGUAUUUUUGUUGUUUUACUUUUUAAAAACUUAAAAAUAUAUGAAUAAAGUUUUAACUUUCUUUUGAUUAUGGUAGCUUGUAUUAUCCUCAUCAUUAUGCAGUAUUAUAUAAAGUUGUAUCGUAUGUAUGCAAAAUGACAAAAGAUUAUUUUUAAAUCAAUUUUAAACCCAACUCAUGAGAAGUUAAUGCCAGUAAAUUUGUUAUGGUAUUGAGAGCAUUUUUUUUUACUAAAUUAAGUUUUAAGGUUUUAUUACCAUACAAACAUGUAUCACAGUAAAAUAAUCGAAUAAUAAUAGUAAUAAGAGAAAUAACAACAGUUUACAAACGCAGCACUACUUAAAAGUUACAAAGAAAAUAUAUUUUAAUAUAUAUAACUAUUUUGUGGAGAAAGAGAAAAGCUUUCUGCAUGAACAAUAAAUAAAUACUGUAAUAUACUAAAUAAUGGAAAUGCAUUUAUAUUCAUAUAUGCUAACUCUAUCUCCAGUAACUCCCAAAAUUAUCCAAUUUUCUUGAAAGCGGUCAUUUCUAUUUUUUGAUUUUAUAAAAAGACGUUUUAAAAGAUAUCAUAUUUUAAAACAAAAUUUCCAAAGGUAAAAUUCCAAAAUAAAAAAAAAAGUGAUCUGAAACUCCUGCCUAAGCAAAAUAUUGCUUUCAAAACCUCACAAAUAUUAAGAUGGCUUUAAGUAAGAUAUACAUUGAGCUCUAUGUCAGAAUUAAAUUGAGCUGAACAGUUGGGGAAAAAAUGCAAAUACUUAUUCAUCUUUUUUUUUCAAGAAAUGAAAGUGGAUAUACUACCAUUUGUAUUCCAAUCAUUAAAUUGGAUGCUUAUCAGGAUCAUUUAACAUUAAAAUCAUAUUGAACAUUUUA